AUGCCCUUGAAUCGAAUCACAAGAACCACAGAAUUGGUACAGUCACAUGACUGGGAACAGUUUCAGGGGGGUGUUCUGUCUUUUCCUUAUACAUACUUGGUAAUCAUGCCGACUACACAGCAGUCCCCACAAGAUGAGCAGGAGAAGCUGCUUGAUGAGGCAGUCCAGGCAGUCAAGGUGCAGUCCUUUCAAAUGAAGCGCUGCCUGGACAAGAAUAAGCUGAUGGAUGCGUUGAAACAUGCCUCUAAUAUGUUGGGGGAACUGAGGACAUCCAUGCUCUCUCCAAAGAGCUACUAUGAACUAUACAUGGCUAUCUCUGAUGAGCUGCACUACUUGGAGGUGUAUCUGACCGACGAGUUCGCCAAGGGCCGCAAGGUAGCAGACCUGUAUGAACUGGUUCAGUAUGCUGGGAACAUCAUCCCUAGACUGUACCUUUUGAUUACUGUUGGGGUGGUGUACGUGCGGUCUUUCCCUCAAUCCCGGAAAGACAUCUUGAAAGACUUGGUGGAGAUGUGUCGAGGGGUUCAGCAUCCACUCCGAGGCCUGUUCCUCAGGAACUACCUGCUACAGUGCACCCGGAACAUUCUCCCAGACGACGGUGAACAGGCUGAGGAGGAGAUGACGGGGGACAUUAAUGAUUCCGUUGACUUUGUGCUGCUGAAUUUUGCUGAGAUGAAUAAACUGUGGGUCCGAAUGCAGCAUCAGGGCCACAGCCGGGACAGGGAGAAGAGAGAGAAAGAGAGGCAGGAACUGCGCAUCCUUGUGGGCACGAACCUUGUCCGUCUCAGCCAGCUGGAAGGCGUUAACGUGGAGAAGUACAAACAGAUUGUGCUGCCUGGAGUCCUGGAACAGGUUGUAAACUGCAGAGACUCUCUGGCUCAGGAAUACCUCAUGGAGUGCAUCAUUCAGGUCUUCCCAGAUGAGUUUCACCUCCAGACACUGAAUCCCUUCCUGCGCUCGUGUGCCGAACUGCAUCAGAACGUCAAUGUGAAAAACAUCAUUAUUGCUCUCAUCGACAGGUUGGCUCUGUUUGCUCACAGAGAAGAUGGUCCUGGUAUCCCUGCUGAAAUCAAACUGUUUGACAUUUUCUCCCAGCAAGUAGCUACUGUUAUACAGUCUCGUCAGGACAUGCCGUCUGAGGAUGUGGUCUCACUGCAGGUGUCUCUCAUUAAUCUGGCUAUGAAAUGCUACCCAGACCGUGUGGACUAUGUGGACAAGGUCCUGGAGAGCACUGUUGAGAUUUUCAACAAACUCAACCUGGAACACAUUGCGACUAGCAGCGCGGUGUCUAAGGAGCUGACCAGGCUGCUGAAAAUCCCCGUCGACACUUACAAUAACAUACUGACCGUGCUGCAGCUGGCUCAUUUCCCUCCACUGUUCGAGUACUUCGACUAUGAGUCACGCAAAAACAUGAGCUGCCAUGUGCUGAGCAACACACUGGACUACAACACCACCAUUGUAUCACAGGAACAGGUGGAUGCCAUUUUGAACCUGGUGUCCACGCUGAUCCAGGAUCAGCCAGAUCAGCCAGCAGAAGAUCCUGAUCCUGAGGAUUUUGCAGAGGAGCAGAGCUUAGUGGGCCGUUUCAUCCAUUUGUUGCAUUCGGAAGAUCCCGAUCAGCAGUACCUGAUUUUAAACACAGCCAGGAAGCAUUUUGGGGCAGGAGGAAACCAGAGGAUUCGUUACACCCUGCCUCCGCUGGUGUUUGCAGCUUAUCAGCUGGCCUUUCGUUACAAAGAAAACUCCUCUUCGGAUGACAAAUGGGAAAAGAAGUGCCAGAAGAUUUUCUCCUUUGCUCAUCAGACUAUUAGUGCUCUGAUCAAAGCAGAGCUGGCUGAGCUUCCGCUGCGGCUGUUCCUCCAGGGUGCCCUGGCAGCUGGAGAAAUUGGUUUUGAGAACCAUGAAACAGUGGCCUACGAGUUCAUGUCUCAGGCCUUUUCACUGUACGAAGAUGAGAUCAGCGACUCUAAGGCACAGCUGGCUGCCAUUACUCUAAUUAUUGGCACAUUUGAGCGAACACGCUGUUUCAGUGAAGAGAACCAUGAGCCACUACGCACGCAGUGUGCCCUUGCUGCCUCCAAACUGCUCAAGAAACCUGACCAAUGUCGCGCUGUCAGCAUCUGUGCUCAUCUCUUCUGGUCCGGACGCAACACAGACAAGAACGGAGAGGAGAUCCGUGAUGGAAAGAGGGUGAUGGAGUGUUUGAAGAAAGCUCUGAAAAUCGCGAACCAGUGCAUGGAUCCGUCGCUGCAGGUGCAGCUCUUCAUUGAGAUCCUCAACAGAUACGUCUGUUUCUACGAGCGAGAGAAUGAUGCGGUGACUGUGCAGGUCCUGAACCAGCUGAUCCAGAAAAUCCGGGAGGAUUUGCCAAACCUGGAGGCCAGUGAGGAGACGGAGCAGAUCAAUAAACACUUCCAUAACACACUGGAGCAUCUGCGUCUACAGAGAGAGUCGCCCGAGUCCGAGGGGCCAGCUUACGAGGGUCUUGUGCUGUAGUGGUCCACACACACUUACGUGAAUAUACUCAUAGAGAGAUAUAUGUAUAUAUACACACACAUACACACAUGUGCAGCAGGGUAUUUCAGUCAGGGGGGGGGAGAAAAAAAAAUGCCAACCUAACCUGCCUCCUUCUCCACAUACGCUCCCUAUAUCCACCUCUCCUUUUUCUAUCUCUCUCUUUCUCUCCCUCAAUCUCUCUCUUUUCGCUUCCCGCUUGGCACUGUGGAGCCCUGAAGGCGUAAAGCUCUGCGCUUUGCUUUCCUUUGCACUGCGUAUGAUCAUUCCAGUGUGAAUUUUUCCAUCUCUAUCAGAAGAAAAAUUGAAAGAAAAAAAAAGAAGAAGAAGAAGAAGAAAGCGCUAAAUCCUGUUUUCAAGGUGUGGAAUCCCGUCCCUUUCAUUCUGGCUGGUGAAAGAAAGGAAAAAGCUGAACCUCGUUUUUAAGCCAUUUUGUGGCGACAUUGUAUAGAGGUGUGAUGAAAUUACCCUCUCAUUUGAGUCAGCACUCUCUCUCUCUCUCUCUCUCUGCAUUCAUGCUCAGUGCCCUGUGGUCCUCAAGAGCAUUUGUACAACGGAUAUAGAUUUUUUUUUUUUUUUCCCUCCUCAUUCUCACUCUCUCUGUCUCACCUUUCCAUUUUACCCCGUGUGCCUCAUUUUCUCUCUUGCCCUUGUUAAAAGUUUUGUUAAAUAUAUACACACACUUUCUCUGUGGCAGAUGCUGUUUUGUAGAGAGAGAAGUAGAGUAAACUGCUGUGUGAGCAAGUGUGUCGGCUGCCGGGUUGACUGAAAGAAAGAUGCUGAUCUGCGUGUGUAUGUAUGUGUGUAUGUGUGUGUGUGUGUGUGUGUUUUCUGUCCGUUGAGAGAGUAGCUGUGCCCACACCCUAUCAGUUCCAAUGCAUUUUCUUCUUUUUUGGAUUAUUGCCCCUCCUCCCUUCCCAACAUGCCUCUAUAUAUUGUAUGUAUCAUCUAAUUGUAAAUCAGCUUAACCCGUAUCAUUGAUUUCAUGACAUUUGCACAAAUAAAAAAAAAAAUAUA